CCGGCGAGGCCACGCUGCUCAGCGGCGCCAUGCCGUACAGCCGCGUGGCGCAGCCGGACCGCAUGGCGGAGCUCGACAGAGCCAGCGGACUCGUCUUCCAGCUGGCCGAAGUGUCGCCGCCCGUACACCCCUUCGCCGUCACUCCAGUCGGCGGGAUCCUCUACCUCAAGGGCCACAAGCAGCUAGAUCCUAAUGUCACUCUCUACAAUGUGACGGUGACGUGGGGCUCCGAGGGCCGCGCCGGCAUCAGGGUGCGCGUGCUGGAGGGCGCCUCCGAAGCCUGCCAGGCGGGCAGCAGGAAGCGCCGGCCGUGCGCCAACAUGGAGUCCCUGGCCGCCUGCAACGCCUUCUGCGGCCUCGGCACGGGCGCGCACAACGUCACCGUCAACCACGUGCACGAGGGCAGGAACUCUACGGCGCGUCCCGAGGUGGCGCCGCUUGGCGGUUGCGCGUGGCGGGGCGCGAAGGCCAACUUUUCGACGGAGCUGAUCCCCCACUACGCCACCUGCACGCCGGACGUCCGCCACUGUCCGGACGGCUUCUGCGACCCGCUGGAGAAUAUCUCUGCCCUCUGUCCUCAGGACUGCGUCCGGCGGUCGUUCGCCAGCGGCAUCGGCGGCCAGGGCCGCGGCCUCUACAGCUGCGCCGGCGUGGGCGUGUGCUGGGGCGCGCGCCCCGAGUCCUGCAAGUGCAAGACGGACGCCGGCAGGCCGCAGCAGGCCGAGUCCCCGGUGGCGCUGGUGUCUGCGUCCGGCAGCCGCGCCAGCUGCGGCGCCGUCUGCGUGAUGGCCGUCGUGGCGGGCAGCGCCCUGCUGCUGUCCGCUGCCGUCGCCACCCUCUACUGGAGGUACAGGAGGUGCGGCCGGAUGCAGCGCGAGCGCAAGCUGGCGGCGGCUGGCGGAACCACGGCCUCCGACUACGUGCAGAGCGCCGCGCAGCACGACGCACGCCUCCUGGCGCACGAGGCCCGACCGCCGGUGGACCCGCAGUGGGAGUUCCCGCGCUCUCGCCUGCUGCUGGAGAAGACGCUGGGGGAGGGAGAGUUCGGCCGCGUGCUGCGCGCCAGGGCCAUCGACAUCGCCGGCGUCACGGGUGCGACAACAGUGGCAGUGAAAACGCUGAAGGAGGGUGCGGGCUCUAGUGAGCAGCAGGACCUACUAUCCGAAUACGAGCUGCUCAAGACUGUGUCACACCCACAUGUGGUGCGCCUGCUGGGUGCCUGCACUUCGCCUGGUGGCCCACUCUACCUCAUCAUAGAGUUUGCUGAGCACGGCUCCCUCAGAAAUUAUUUGCGCAGAAGUCGACAUAUUGAGCCAAGUGCAUUACCUGUCACACCAACAACUCCUCAUAAAAUUCUCAGUUUUGCGUGGCAGAUCUGUAAGGGGAUGGCUUAUCUCAGUGAUAUGAAGCUGGUUCACAGAGAUCUUGCAGCAAGAAACAUCCUUGUAGCUGCUGGUGGAAUCUGUAAAGUAUCGGAUUUUGGGCUUACUAGAGAUGUCUAUGAAGACGAUACUUAUUUAAAGAAGAGCAAAGGCAGAGUGCCUGUAAAGUGGAUGGCCUUAGAAUCACUCAUGGAUCAUGUGUACACCAGCAAAUCUGAUGUAUGGAGUUUUGGUGUUGUGCUUUGGGAGCUGGUCACUCUUGGUGCCUCACCUUACCCUGGUGUAGCUGUUCACAAUCUGUUCCACCUUCUACAAGCUGGCUACCGUAUGGAGUGUCCUGAAAAUUGUUCAACAGCACUGUAUAAAGUGAUGAGACAAUGCUGGCAGGAGGAACCUUCUGAAAGACCAAGUUUCAAGCAACUAACAGCCAUAUUUGAGAGCAUGCUAAAAGACAGUGCUGAGUAUUUGGAUUUAAAUCCCAGUAUUGUACAAAAUCCUGGCUACUUUGGUUCAAGAUCAAACUCUCAAGAGAAAUUAAAUUAUGGUGAUGGUAGUGAUGAUGGUGAUAAUGACAUUGGAUAUGGAAACCUAAACAUUCUGCCAACAGACUCUAUAAAUUACCUAAUGUCCACAGCACAAUCAGGCCUGUCUCGAAGACAACAAUUAUGGCACAUAACGGGAGACAAUCAGAAAAUAUUGACAAACAAUUCAAGCAAAGAAGAAUGUUUAUCUUUAGUUCCUACAGAACAAAACAGUUACUUGAGUCCAAUACAAGUGCACAGCAGCAAGGGGCAAAUGCUAGCAUAUGUCAACAUGACUGACAGUGUAUGUCCGGAACAGCUACAGUCUGGAACGACAAAUAACAUUAUGUUUUGUAGUUCUUCCAGCAGUUGCUCUGCUUCCUGUUCCUCAAAAGUGACACCAUUAUGAGUAUGAAUACAGGAAAAAUAAGUUAUUUGACUUUUCAGGGGGUUUUCUAUUGAGGAUCCUAAGAAGCCCUGUGAAACUUUGAACUUAGACUGUGCAAGGCACAGCAUUUAUAUUUAAUAUCUUGAUUUCAAGCACUGAAUUAUAAAUGUUAAACUUAUUUCCUGUUUAGGAAGUUGAGGUAAUUUAAAUUAAAUAAUAAUGUAGCAUA